CAGACAAAAUACCGAUUGGAAUAGGCAGUGACGUGGCGGAAAUCUUAUACGGCUCUCACGUUUAUGUACCGGAAGAUGUCAGAGACAUUGAGUUUCUUGGCCCGCCAAUUGAACCGCUAACAAUGCAGGAGAAUACGAUUUUUCCCAUUCAACAAGAGCCAACAAGUCGGCAGAACGGCGAGCCUCUACACAAGCCGAAUCAACAUUACGCUGUUGGAGCAGAACGUGCAAUGCGACUGGCUCCACCACGCGCACUGCCACCACAGGCAGCAGCACAGGAAACUCCACGCGCAUCAUCAUUCGCACAAAGCCAACGACUGAAGAGCCUUGACCUAAAUGUUCUGCAUGGGCCCUUUCCGAACCAGACCCGCAUGCGCAUGCCACCACAGGACCCUAUGCAGCAGCAGACUUGCAUGGCACGGGGCUCCAUGCCCCAAGGUUGGCUGAAUGGCCAGCCUAGUGCCUUAAUGCUAGCCGGCCUAACUGUGCCAUUGCCUCCGCUAGUUGACCCCGAGAACGAUCGCCGAGAAGAACAAGCACAGGAAAGCUUGGUAUACGGUCAGUCGACAGGUGUGCUGAGUGGCCGCGGACUCGGAGGCAGUCUCGCAUACGGACGCGGAUACGAACGCGGAUACGAACGCGGACUCGAACGUGGACUCGGACGCGGACACGAACGUGGACUCGGACGCGGACACGAACGUGGACACGGACGCGGACACGAACGUCGACUCGGACGUGGACACGAACGUCGACUCGGACGUAGACACGAACGCGGACUCGGAUACGGACACGGACACGGAGCCUUAUUGGAAGAGCAGGCUCCCACUGGAGGGACACAGUCCAUGCUAGGACAGGAUGUGGGUGUGUUGCCCGGGACACGCCAUGACGAUAACGCACCAGUGCCACUGUUGGACCUUAAUCCUGAGUUUCGUGAAACUCUCGAAGCACUAAAUUCCAUACUCUUUUCACAGUAUUGGAGAGAGUAGCCAUACAUAUCUGUCGGCCUGCCCGAUUGUAUCUGUCGGCUGGGAAGAAAGUCUUUGUUCCCAUGGAAGCAGAUCAUACAAAGGCGAAGCACGACUCAAGCCAGCUGACGGGGACCACGGCCACAGGAGAUGGGUAUUUUUUCCGCUCGAACAACACACAUAUCACUCAUACACCAUUCUAUUUUUAAAACUAGAUCUAACAAUACACUCAUGGUAUCAGUUCAAAAUUAUAUAAAAGUUUCGUAUACAAGACAAUACACAGAAUCGAUCGAACAAAAAAGAAUUGUAAUUUCUUAAAAAUUAUAAUGAUUCAAUGAAAAUAUAUUUUUGUAUACAACAAUA